AUGCUUAUCCUCUGGCCUGCGCUGGCAUUCAGCGCCACUGCUCUAGCCCAAGCAACGGGAUCCAUGCCCAUCUCGUUUACCUCAAGGGGCAACCCAAUCCUCUCAGAUGGCUCGUGGUACUCGGCCGAUCCUGCGCCGCUGGUCGUCAACAACACGCUCUACAUCCUCACCGGACGCGACAGUGCUGCUCCAGAUGAAAACAGCUUUAUCAUGAAGCAGUGGGGAAUGUUCGUCUCCUCGACACCAAACCCUGCUGGGUCCGAAUGGAUGCUGUACCCCAACGUCGCAGAACCGCACACGGUGUUCGCCUGGGCUGCUCCUGGGACCUCAUACGCGGCACAAGUAGUUCAAGGCCGCGACGGCAGAUUCUGCCUGUACGCUCCGGUGACACAGGCCAAUAGCCAAAAUGCUGAUCCGUUUGCUAUUGGGGUGGCUUGCCUCCGCCUGGCAAUUCCAUCCAGAACAUCGAUCCGCAAGGUCUACAUCUACUUUGGCACAUUUGGCGCACUACGCGCAUACCAGCUUGACGCGGACAUGGUCACCUUGCAGUCGUCCGUCACUCAGGUUGACGGACUGCCGGGCCAACAACGCAGGCCCGGAUUCGCCCACACGGCGGACGCCAAGGGAGGCGGCCAUUUCCGCUGCAUUAUCGCGCUGGACAAGCUCAGCUGGGACGAUAGUCAGUCGCCCCCGGCAAUCCGCAAGGUUGUCCGGACGUUUGGGCCCAAGCCACCGGCACCUCCAACAUACAAUGUCGCGCCCAAAGCCGUCGACAGCUCGGAAUAUCCCUCAGGGAUCCAGUACUGGAUAAAAGCCAUCAACGAUGGGAUCGUUCGGGUCAACCCGCUGCCCCCAGAUUACUGGAGCUCCUACGAGGCAGAAAAGUCCCGAGAGACCAGCGUGCUUACCUAUGUGUGGAAAGAACCGGUGCAGCUGAACGGGACGUCGAUGGUUUUCUUCGCCGACCAAGACGCCGGGGCUAACGUGGGAGUUGCACCCCCAAAGAAAUGGUUCGUCGAAUAUUUGGAUCAGUCGUCCAGUUGGCGGCCUGUUGUCAACCGCACACCGUAUCCCCUGAAGGUGACCGAUACCCCGGACGUGGUGAGAUUCCAGACCAUCCGCACGACCUCCAUCCAUGCCACCCUGAUCGCAUCCGGCUCGGGCGGACAGUUUGCCGGUGUUGGCGUGAAGGAAUGGGAAGCAUUGGCGACUGAGUUGCAGACAAGUUGA